AUGGUGAAACCUGGAAAAUCAAAAGAUACCAGAAGGUCUCAACAUCUCCUAAUUUCUUUUGGACUUUUAGAAUUCCCCUAUUUUAAUUUUUAUAAUGACAGAGCUUUACAUGAGGUACCUGCUUCCAUAUUUGAUUUGAUAAAUCAUGUCACAUGUAACUGGAAUGAAGUGCUUAUUCGUUACCUAUUCAUACCUGCUCAUGCUACUGCUAUUUUAUCGUUGCCAAUACCGUAUUGUGCUCAACCUGACCGACUCAUUUGGAAGCAUCAAAAGUCUGGCAAUUACACAUCCAAAUCUGGGUACUUUCAAGCAUCUCUUAUUAGACAUCCUGCUAUAUCUCCUGUUACAAUGCAUUUUUCAAAGACGGAUUGGCAAAAUAUUUGGCUUCUAAAAAUUUAUCCUCGUAUUAAAGUUUUUAUUUGGAGGGCCCUUCAUGAGGCUUUACCAACUGGGGAAGCUUUAUUUAUUCGCUUCAAUAUUGAUGUUAAAUGUGUGCAUUGUGGAAGUGCAGAAUCAUUGUCUCAUAUGUUGUUCCUUUGCCCAUUUGCUCAAAAAAUUUGGUUCGCUUCUCCUUUGGGUUUACUGCCACAACAUUUUCCUAUUUUAUCUUUUCAUCUAUUAUGGCAAUACCUAUCUAAUGCUUUACUCACUCAAGAUCCAUCUAAAGAAUCUCUACAACUAGCAUGUUUUGUUUGUUGGUAUAUAUGGAAAUGUCGAAACAAGUUGCUGUUUGAGAAUGAAAUACAAAGUGAGGAGCAGGUUGUGCGGGAUGCUGUUGCUGCUUAUCAAGAAUAUGCAGGUAUUAAUCAAACUUUUUCUUCCUCAUAUUCUGAUCAGCAUGUAUUAUCACCUCAAAGCUCAUGGCUGCCACCUCCUCGAGGAUUUAUAAAGCUUAACUAUGAUGCUUCAACUGCUCGAUUACAUCAAUGUGGGUUUAUAGCAACAGUGGCAAGGGAUUCUGAUGGAAUUGUUAUUGGCAGGUUUCAUGCUUAUUUUAGACACAUUUGGGAUCCCGGAAUUUUAGAACUUUUAGCACUCCGAGAAUCUCUGAAUUGGGCUGUUUUAUGUUCAUGGAGUCAUGUAAUAAUGGAGGGUGACGCUCUUCAAGUCUCACAAGCUAUUAAUUCACACCGAAUACUGGAUUAUCAUACUUGGGGGAUUUGUCAAGAUAUAUGGCGUCUUCAGAAUCGUUUUAGAGUUUGUAUUGUUCAAUAUGUCAAUCGUAAGUUUAAUGUUUUAGCUCAUGAAUUAGCUUCUUUAGUUAAGAAUUCGUAUAUUCUGGGUCUGUAA